AUGAGAAAACGUAAAGCAUCUAAAGCUUUUAGUGGUGAAUUUGACUACCUAUAUGGUAUUGUUAGUACCGGUAAGUUACGAAGCUAUGGGAUGGCACUUCAUAAUGAAAACAUUAUCGUCCCACUUAGUGAUGAUAUUUUAGAAGAUGAUACAGAACUUCGACGUCAUGUGAAAAAGUCAUGGAAGUAA